CGGGGUAGGGAGCGGCGCCGUGCGGGCCGAGUGCUGGAGGUGAUCAGUCAUGGCAAGUGAAGCCAUCAUGAUGAUGCGAGGGCUGACAAAGCUCAGUAAGGCAGUCCUAGAGACCCAGGCAGGUCAGCUCCGACAAGUAAUCCUUGGUGGGGAUACAUUAACCAUCGUCCGAAGCUUUCAGGCGGUUGCUGAGGAACAGUUCAGUGCUGCUAUGGGGAAAAUGCAGGAACUGGGCAAACAACAGGAAAACUUGAAAGAUAUUGGUGAAGACUUUGGAAAAGAAUAUAACUUUUCAGAGUCAGAGCUGGGAGGCAUUACAAAGGACUUCUCUCCUCCUCCUCAAGACCAGCCUCACAAAGACAGUGGUACAGAGGGCCCAUCUUAUUCUUAUGAUGCCAAAGGACUUUUUCAAAGUGGUGGGAGUGGAGAUGCUUCUGCAAGCCAGAAUCCCAUUUCUUCCAAAACAAAUACAAAGCUAUUUGAAGGCUUUAGGGACCCCGGGAAUCCUUUUGCUCUUGUCUUUGGGCAAAUCCGGCCUUUUCACCAAGACCAUUCCCCUGUUGGUGGAUUAACAGCUGAAGACAUUGACAAAGCUAGGCAAGCUAAAGCAGAUCCACAGCAAAAGCCUCACAAACAGAUGCUCAGUGAACGUGCCCGAGAGCGAAAAGUGCCUGUUACUCGAAUUGGAAGACUUGCUAACUUUGGAGGCUUAGCUGUUGGCCUUGGCAUUGGAGCAUUGGCAGAGGUUGCAAAGAAGAGUCUUAGAUCUGAAGAGCGCAAUGGAAAGAAGGCUGUUUUGGAUUCCAGCCCAUUUCUCUCUGAAGCAAAUGCUGAAAGAAUUGUGAGUACCCUGUGCAAGGUUCGAGGUGCUGCACUGAAGUUGGGACAGAUGCUGAGCAUUCAAGAUGAUGCUUUUAUCAACCCACAACUGCAAAAGAUUUUUGAACGCGUUCGGCAGAGUGCAGACUUCAUGCCUUUAAAGCAAAUGAUAAAAACUCUGAACAAUGAUCUUGGCCCUAACUGGCGUGAUAAAUUGGAGUCUUUUGAAGAGCGACCUUUUGCUGCAGCUUCUAUUGGACAAGUUCACUUAGCUCGUUUGAAGAAUGGCAAAGAAGUUGCCAUGAAAAUCCAGUAUCCGGGAGUGGCCCACAGCAUUAACAGUGAUGUCAGCAACCUGAUGACUGUCUUGAGUAUGAGCAAUGUUCUUCCAGAAGGUAAAACUGUUCAAGAGGAAGGGAAUGUUAAGUUUCAGAGGUUUGUGUUGAAAGAGUUGAUGGAAAGCUUCAUCUGUUUUCCUCUUGUAAGCAGUACUCCUAGAACAUAUUGUGCAGUUGGGAAAGCCUCUGUGUUCUUGAGAAGUGCUUCCCACUGUUAACAGAGUAAGGAGAUUUGGAUGGGCCCCAUACUCUUAGCCUUCUGUGAGAAACUUAAAACCUGGUUGUUCCUGUAGGCAUUUGGGUGGGGAGGUUAAUGAACUCUGCUAGUUGGUUGUAAUAAAUUCUGCUGGUUUUUUUUUUGAUAAAUUGGAAAAAAAAAUCCUCGAUGCUGAA